GUGGGAUCGUUGCCUACACAAUAGUUCAGUCAGAGAUGAGCUCCGAACUGGACAGCGUGGACUCCAUCCCGCCAUGGAACUUCAAGUGGGUGGUCAAAGGCGAGCUGGCCAUCAUGGGCUACCCGAAGAGCAAGGAGAACAUCAAGUACCUCGUCGAGAACGGCAUAGUCCACCUCGUGUCGCUUUCUCCGGAGAAGCAGCCCCCCUUCGAGUACUUCCCCUUUAACUUCCGCUGGACUCCGAUCGACGUCUUGGAGUACGAACCGCCUUCCAUGGAUCAAAUCCAUGCCUUCAUAAACACCUGCAAGGUGGCGCUAUUCAACAAAGAGGGGUUGGCUGUCCAUUGCAGACUGGGGAGGGGUCGAAGUGGUACGAUGGCUGCUUGUUACCUAGUAGGUAUCUACAACCAGAAACCAGAUAGGGCAGUUACUACAAUAAGGAUGCUGCAGCCGGGUGCCAUUGAAACAUAUUCUCAAGAGAAGAUGGUUCGGACUUACUACGACGUCGUAAGGAGCAGAGAGGAAGAACAAUUAAUGGAGGAAGUUGAAGCAUUUAUCGGUAGACUCCCUCGUCCUAAAUGGGACUUUAAAUUUAGGCCUAGAAGAAUAAUUGAUGAGUUAGAUUUUUAAAAAAUCCUUGUAAAUUAAUCUUGAUCUUAUAACAGAAAGAAGAAGAAAAACAGAAAAUUUAUUUUCAGGUCAUGAUGUAAUAUUAUCAUUUGUAUUCAGAUUCAUGUAAUAGAUGAUUCUUAGAAAUAAAUAAGAAAGUAAAGUUAUGAAAAAUAAAAAUAGGAAAAUAUUAUUUUAAAUAAAAAUAUAAUACUAAAAAGUUGGUAAAAUAACCAUUAUGAUAAAUGUAAGAUUAAUUAGGAUAUAGAAUAUAUUAUACCUAACAAAGUUUCAAGAAAUAAACUUACAGAUAUGCAAUAGCAAUAUGGAAGAACCUCUAUCACUAAUUUGCAAUUGCCUGUGGGGAAAAUAGUAAUUUCAUUUACAAAAAAAUUAAAAUUGAACGCAUUUGAAAACAGUUUUAGUAAUUUUUGUUGUUAUUGUUUUUGUUUUUUUUUAAUUAGUCUUUAGGUUUAAAAAUAUUUAUUGCUUAUCAGACCUUUUAAAGAUUGAUUUUCUUUAUAUACCUAUUUGAUUUAUCAUAAUAAACAUUUUGAAAAUUAGAGUAAAAUUUCAUAAAUAUUGCAUAUUAAUAAUACAAAUUAAUUUAGGUUUCAGAUU